AUGAGCUCCGCUGCUGUCCAGGUUUCCGCCACAGCAGAGGCGAGUGCGCAAUCGGUGCCGCUCUUGAUAACGUGCCUGCACGCGUCUGCUUUCUCCGCCCCUCUCGCAGAGGUGCGUCGAGUCUUCGACAUCAUCGAGAGGCUGCUCUCUAACCGCUUGCAGCACCCGGCUGAGCCGCGCUACACCUCGUUCUCUGCCACGAGCGCAGUGUGGGUCAACGGCGUUGCCCCGCUCGUCUACGUGCUUCGGUUAGCUGCCUGGAUGGGGUGCACGUUAGCAGCGGAGGGCGCCCGUUACGUGUUCUUUGAGAGUCUCGAUGAGACGCACGCACGCGGGCCAAGCGAUGAUGCGGAAGGCCGGCGGCAGCGGCAUGCUCAGCAGCAGAUUGCGGAUCGCCUCAGUGAGCUCCGUUGCGUCGCCUCCAUAUGGGAUACGUCGGUCGCGGAGAGUUCUGCCGAUGCCUCGAAGCGCUAUCAAGACGCCUAUCAGAAGCUGCUCAAGCUUUUUCAGUCGGCCCAAGGCUUCACCGACCGAGAGGAGGUGUGGGCGCGACACACCCACUGCCUGCAGCUUCACCGUCUCCUCGCCUGCGCUCGUGAUGGGGAGCGGCAACAGACGACGUCCUCUCAGGCAACUUCGGAUGUGCUACGCAGAGAGGGCGCCGCCGCAUGGCCGACGCGCGCGCAGCGAGAGCUCGAUCGUUUCAUACGUGCGCCCGACUCGACUCCCUUGACGAACGCGAAGGGCGCGAGCAUGACGCGAGCACUGUCGGCCCUUGACACACAGCACGGUCGCCAUCCCGAGUGCGAAGCCCGUGCGACGUACCUGGCGGACGACUCUCUCCGAUGGCUUCUCUCUCACGCAUCACUGUGCGAGUGCUACCGUCUGUGCGAAAGCGCGGCUGCCGAGUCUGCCAGCAGCUCUGUGGGCAGCAGAGAGAGUAGGGCGGCGGCUGUCCCGCUGGUUCCCGGCUUCUCUGCCACCGUUGCGGCACGACUUCGCCAGCGAGCGCAGCUGGAGCGGCACCAGCGCUACCUCGACACAACAGGCCCCACAUACCGGCGGCUAAGCCAGGAGGAGCGUCACCGCGGUGAGAGCCUUAUCAUUAGCAUUGCCGCCCUCCUCGAGCAAAUCUCGGAGGUGACGGAGGCGCAGGGGAUGGUGCGCCACGACCGGCACGAGGCGCGUCGGCUGAUGGACAACUUCCGCCAGGACGGCGACCUUGUGAAGCUGUACGCGUUGGAGAAGAAGUACACAGCGGAGCUGGAGGAGGCGAAGCUGCUGCACGGGAAGCCGUUUGUCUACGCCGAGUUACUCGAGCGGUAA